CAGUUGCUGGAGCUGCGCUAAGAAUCCAGUUUGUGUACUUUUCCUGCCCCAGGGAGUCGUGUGCAAUGGGUGGAGCGGCAGAGGGCGGGACGGGGAGAGCACCCAGGAAACUCCGGGGAUUCAGACAGGCCUGACUGGGAUUGACGUGAUCCGAGUAACCGAAACACGGGAAAUGCAAAUGGCCGCGACUCUUGUAUAGGCCUAACCGAAACCCAUGAAGCCCGAUUAAAGUACUCGAGCUGUGCAGCCUGGAGAAGCCCAGUACCCGCCCGCCGGCAUGUGGAGUCGGCUCGGAGCUUUCCUGCAGCAGGCUGUGGAGACGCGUGAGACAACGCAGGACCUGCUGCCGUCCUUUAUCCAGCACUGGAAAGGAGUCACUCAGUACUACCUAGAAACCUCAGAUGAGUCUUGUCCUGCCCGUGAAACAGACAUCCCAUGGAGACUCCGUCAGCUGACUGACAUCCUAGUGUUUGAGGAGAGCAAUAAUGGGGCUGAAGAAGCUAGAGGGGAUGGAGGAGACGCAGGCACUGGAAGCCAUGCUGGGCCAUGUAUGGAGUAUUUACUGCAGCACAAGAUACUGGAGACAUUAUGCACACUAGCAAAGGCGGAGUAUCCCCCAGGGAUGAGGCAGCAGGUCCUGCUUUUCUACAGCCGUCUUCUGACCAAGGUACAGCGCCCCCUGCUGCACUACUUGAGCGUCCAUCGCCCUGUACAAAAGCUGAUCGCAUUGGCCGAAGAUCCUGUUGGAGCCACAGCUCAGAAGGAGGAGCUACAGUUUCUAACAGCUGUAUGCACCAAACUAGAGGAGGACCCCUCAUUGCUUGUCCAUGUCCUUGAGGAGGAGAGUGUAAGGAAAGUGCAAUGUUCAGGAGGUGAAGGUGAUGGAGAAACCAAAUCCACAAGUCACAAACCCAGGCAUAACUUAUUCAAAGCCCUGCUGAGGCUGUGUACCUGCCAGAAGAGCCGUCUGUCUGUACGUGCAAGGGAGGCCCUUCUCAGAGUGCUUCACAGUGCCCAACAGGAGGGACCAGUUCACCUUAUUGUGCAAAGUAAGCUGAGCCAGUAUGUGACUGAGCAUCUGUGUGAGCUUCACCGCUGCAUCCCACUGAGCAUUCACCCCUGUGAUAUCACAGCACUGCAAGAGACAGACUGGAGGAAAAACAUCGACAACCAGGAAUCAGAUGGCAUGGAGAACUCUGAAGCAGCUCUAAGAAGGUUUCUCUGUUGGGUGGAAUAUUGUGAUAGUCUAGUGCAGGAAUCCCAUGAGAUAGUUGCCAUGGAUAUAACAAAGUCGAUAAAGGAUGGCUAUUUGCAGGGGAUUCUACAACCUGAACUGCUAGAAGUCUCAGAACUGAGUAUCCUUCGUAGCACAGCUAUCCUCACAGCCGUUCUGCAGCGAUUUACCGCCACCCCUCUGCUGCGUCAGUUCCUCACAUUUCUUCUUAGUGAUGAGCAGGGCCCAGAGAAGAGAAGUGAUAGAGGCUCACAGCUUCGGGCCCAACUUAUCCAGAGGUGCAACCAUCUGUCUGAUGAGAUAAGCUUGGCUUCCCUUCGACUCUUUGAGGAGAUUCUGCAGAUGCCAGAGGAGAUUGUUUUGUAUAGUCUGGUGACUCGCAACCUCGAAACUCGCAGUUACCUGGCUGGGGGGCUAGAUGAGAGCCGGGGACAGGAGAGUGAAACCUGGGAUGGUGCAGAGGAACUCGAGGAAGAUCCCUAUUUCACCGAUGGGUUCCCAGAUACUGGGAUUCGGCUGCCAAGAAGUGACAGAGAACACAGAACAGAGAUUGUUGGGACAGAGCAGUGGGUGAAAAGUUUCUUGUCCCUUGUCCCUGAAGAGAUCAAGUCUUCAGAUACCGGUUAUGACGGUUACCUCCAGGAUGCUAUAGUACAGUACAGAGCCUGCUGUCAGCAGGUGGCACAGUGGGGAUGGCCGGUUUCUUCAAAACCACUCGGGACUGGUCAUUGCCAGCAGGAAUUCUACGAAGGCCACUUCAUGGAGGUCCUCUUUGACCGGCUGGGGGGAAUCCUAGACCAGCCAUAUGAUGUGAACCUUCAAGUCACCUCCCUUCUCUCUCGUCUUGCCCUUUUCCCUCAUCCGCACCUGCAGGAGUAUCUGCUGAAUCCGUUCAUCACCUUGGCCCCUGCAGCCCGUUCUCUCUUCUCUGUUCUUGUCAGGGUAGUAGCAGACCUUGCCCAACGCUCUCUGAGAGUUCCAGACUUACAGGAGACGCUCUUACUUGUGAGGCGCCAGUUGCAGGCAAACUCUGCCAAUGAACAGUUGAAUCAUGUGACCCUCUGUCAAGGCGCCGUGGUUCUAGAAGAGUUCUGCAAGGAACUGGCAGCGGCAGCUUGUGUGACUCACAACUCCGUGGGUUAAGCACUCUUUGUGCUCCGUAUCCAUAAACAAUUCCCACUUAACUCAGCGGAAACAACAUGGAGACCUGGCCAGAGUGAAAGUGCAAUAGAAAGAACACUUGCCCUUUACUGGGAGAUGUGCUCCUGCUUUUAUACAUGUAAAGACUUAUUGUUUUUAUUUCUUGUGCCUUAUUGGAGAAUCGUCACCUUUUUAAUCCCCCUGCUGCUAUAUGUCUCAAACACACCACCCUCCUGUUACCCUUUACCCCAUGUUUUUAUUUUAACCUUGGGUUCCGUGAUGAUGCUGGACUGUACUUCAAUCUAUCAAGGGACUCGGGCUCUAUCCAAAGACUUGCUGAGGCACAUUUAUCAAUUUUGAAUUCAUGUGAGUUUUUUUAAACUCCCAUUAAUUCGACUAGUCGAAAUUUAUAAAUCAAAUCGAAUUAUUAAAACUCGGACGAAUACGAACGACCCGGAAACUCGAAUCGAAUUUGAAAGGCUGCAAAUUGAUCCCUGGAUCUCUCCCAUUGACGUAGACAGCAAUUCGGCAGGUCUUAGGUGGCGAAUAGUUUAAUUCAAAUUCUUAAAGGGCCAGAGUACGAUAAACCUAAAAAUCGAAUUUGAAUCUUUAAAAAAACUUGAAUUGAGUUUAGGUAACUCCCUAGUUGAAUUUGACAGUUUUGAAGAUAAAAAUAAUAGAAUUUUCAAUUUGACCCUUAAAGGAUAAGUAACCCUUUAAAAUAAGUGCAUGUAAAAUUGAUGAGGGGGCUAUUCUAAGCCCUUGUAAAUAUACAGUCAUGUUUGAUUUUGUUUCAAUUUCAAGAUAUUAAAGGAUACAUGUCCUGUUAA